AUGAAUGAAAUUCACUCAAAGCUGCCCAAUGAGGCCAUUCCAAUGAUAGGGAUGGAGUUUGCAACAGAGAAUAUAGCUUAUGAUUUCUACAACAGAUAUUCUAGAGCUAUUGGAUUCGGAAUUCGGUUAAGUAAAUUUCAUAGAGAUGACAACACUGUUACUAUUCUAGAUAGGAUCAUUUGUUGUUCUUUUGAAGGUUCAAGGGGAAAAGAUAAAAGGGCCCCUUAUGUGAAGAAACAUCGAGCUUUGACACGAGUUGGAUGCUCUGCAAUGAUAAAAUUAAGCUCCCGAAUUAAUGGACGAUUUCGUAUCAUUAAAUUUGAACCACAACACAAUCAUGUUCUGUCAACACCAUCAAAGACUCAUCUAUUUCGUUCACAUAGAAGUAUCAACUCAUCUCAAGCUAGUGAACUUGAUAUGGCAUGCUCUUCUGGCAUUGCACCAAAAGCAAGUAUGGAGUUGAUGAGUAGAAGGGCUGGUGGGAGAGAUAAUCUUGGUUUUCUGCUUGUAGAUUGUAAUAAUUAUUUGAGGAAGAAAAGAGAGAAAGAAAUGAAAGUUGGAGAUACCGGCGGGGUUUUAGAGUACUUGAAACGCAAGCAAACUGAUGAUCCAAAGUUUUUUUAUGCCAUACAAGUUGAUGUGGAUGAUCUCAUCACAAAUAUUUUUUGGCCUGAUGCAAGAAUGAUGGCUGACUAUGACUAUUUUGGUGAUGUAGUAUGUUUUGAUACUACUUACAAAAAACAUAAAGAUGGUCGUCCAUUUGCUAUGUUUGUUGGAGUUAAUCAUCAUAAACAAACCAUUAUUUUUGGGGCAGCUUUAUUGUAUGAUGAGACAACAGAAACUUUCAAUUGGCUAUUUGACACAUUUGUGAAGGCAAUGCAUGGAAAGAAGCCUAAAACUAUUCUGACCGAUCAAGAUCAAGCAAUGGCAAAUGCAUUAUCUACAAAAUGGCCGGAUACUUAUCAUCGACUAUGUGUCUGGCACAUGUACCAGAAUGCUGCAAAACAUCUUCACCAUGUAUUUGAGAAAUUUAAGGAUUUUGCUAAAGAUUUUAGUAGUUGUGUUUAUGAUUAUGAUGAUGAAGCAAAUUUUAUAGAUGCUUGGGACAAUAUGUUAGUUAAAUACGAUCUGGUUGGCAAUAGUUGGUUGGAACGGGUGUAUAAUUUGAGAGAGAAGUGGGCACUAGUUUAUGGGAGACAGACAUUCUGUGGUGAUAUGAGUACAACACAACGUAGCGAAAGUAUGAAUGCUCAAUUACGGAGGUAUAGUAGCAAUAAAAAUCACUUAUGUCAGUUUUUUUGA